AUGACCCGGGCGGGGGACCUGUGCCUGAGCUCUGCCGGGGCUGUGUUGGCCCUGGCUACCUCUGGUGACGGCAGACACCCGGCCGAGCACAUCAUAGACGGGAAUCCUGACACAUUCUGGACUACAACAGGAAUGUUCCCCCAGGAAUUCAUCAUCAGCUUGAACACUUUGCAAAAAAUUGGAAAAAUCACCAUCGAAAGCUCACAAAUUAGAAGUUUAUGUAUUGAAACAAGCACUUCCAAAGACCCAACUAAUUUUGAGCACUGUGUGGAAAGAGAGUUUGAGCAUGUUGAAGGACAAUUCCACACUGAAGAAAUGACUCUUCCUGGAGUACAAGCGGUCCAUUUGCGCUUUGUGAUCUUGUCUGGGUUUGACCAUUUUGUCGCUGUGCGCAGCGUGUCAGCAGAAAGUGUAAUAUAA